UGAGACUUUUUGCGGCUCACAGUUCAUUUUUACCGCUACUGUGUCUAAAGCUUCUCAUCCAGCUUGGUUCUGCAAAAUGGAGGUGGUUCAGCGCCACUCUGUACACACACUUGUUUUCCGCUCUCUCAAAAGAACACAUGAUAUGUUUGAAGCUGAUCAAAGUCGUCUUCCGGAAGUUGAUGAGAAAAGUAAUUCAUUAAAAGUCGCCAUCAAAGCAAAAGAUCAGUAUGGACCUGUACUUAAGGAGCCUGGUCACAAUCCACUAAGGCCUAAAGAAAAUGUCUCGGACACGUCACAACCGGGGGCCAUUGUCGCAUCUGAAAAGGUCAAACCAAAGUCUGCACUUGAACAAAACGCUUCUAUAGUUCAAAUAGGUAAUGAAAAAUUACUACUUCCAAAGAAAGCUCCGACUAUGCCCAAGCCCACAUGGCAUCCACCAUGGAAACUAUGUCGAGUUGUUAGCGGUCACACAGGAUGGGUGCGCUGUGUGGCUUUUGAUCCUACUAAUGAUUUCUUUGUUACUGGCGCGGCAGAUCGGAUGAUCAAGGUUUGGGACUUUGCUAGUGGAACAUUAAAACUGACACUGACAGGUCACAUAAGUACUGUUAGAGGUGUCGUUGUCAGUGCUCGUCAUCCUUACUUAUUUUCAUGUGGAGAAGAUAAAACAGUUCGUUGUUGGGAUUUGGAGCAAAAUAAGGUUAUUCGUCAUUACCAUGGUCAUAUGUCUGCUGUUUACGAUAUUGAUAUCCAUCCAACAAUCGAUGUAGUCCUUACUUGUGGUCGGGAUGCAACUGCACGAGUAUGGGACAUGCGAACCAAAGUCAAUGUUCAUACUCUAACAGGACAUUCGAACACAGUAGCGACAGUACGUUGUCAAGAAUCUGAUCCUCAAGUGAUUACUGGAUCACAUGAUGCAACUGUCCGCCUUUGGGACUUGGCAGCAGGACGUACCAUAGCCUGUUUGACAAAUCACAAGAAAUCUGUCCGAGCUGUAUGUAUCCAUCCAACUCAGAAUGCAUUUGUUUCUGGAUCACCGGAUAAUAUAAAACAAUGGAAACUCCCCAAUGGUGUCUUUCUUCAGAAUCUAUCUGGACAUAAUGCUAUCAUUAAUGCCGUCACUGUUAACCAAGAUAAUGUGGUCGUCAGUGGAGGUAUUUACUAGUUUACAUAUGCAUGUCCUUAUUCCAGUAAUUUAUUAAAAUUAAGGAUUAUAAUGUACGUAUUGAUCAUUUAAAUAAUUCGUACGGUCUAUUUCAAAUAUUUGUCUGUCGAGAGAUUGAUCUCUGCCAUUGGUUUUUCUGCUUAUUUUAGGCGAUAAUGGCAGUGUUCACUUUUGGGAUUGGAAAUCUGGGUAUAACUUUCAGCGUCUUCAAGCUCAAGUUCAGCCUGGCAGUAUUGAUUCUGAAGCUGGGAUAUUUGCUUUAGCAUUUGAUCGUAGUGGAUCUCGCUUGGUGUCCUGUGAAGCAGACAAAUCAAUAAAGAUCUUCAAAGAAGAUGAAUCAGCGACGGAAGAAACACACCCACUGUACUGGCGCCCGGGCUUGCUCAAAAAAUCGAAAUACUAAUUUACCUAAUCCACUUAACAUCUCAACAACAAUAUGUAUAGUAUAUUCCUAUUAAAGAAUUUAUCUUACUAAAUACAAUCGAUUUACAUGUUUGA